AUGUCGGAGGUUAUGAGGGAACUGACAAAGUCAGGCUGCGAACUCAACAACGAGGAGCGAAACCUGUUAUCAAUUGCUUACAAAAAUGUCGUGGGGACGAGAAGAUCUGCCUGGAGGGUUAUAUCCAGUCUUGAAACUAAGGCCGACGAAAGUGACAGCUACCGAGCGAUGGUUAAAUCCUACCGAGAAACAGUAGAAGAGGAAUUAAGGAAAAAUUGCAACGAAGUUCUGAAUCUUCUGGCAGAAUAUUUAAUUCCCAAAGCAUCUGGUGAAGAAAGCAAAGUAUUUUAUUUGAAGAUGAAGGGUGAUUAUUACCGGUAUCUUGCUGAAAUUGCUCAGGGAGAAGACAGAAAGGAUGUUGCAGACAAAUCUCAGGCAGCCUACCAAGAAGCAUGGGAUAUUGCUACUGGAGCACAGAGCACCCUGCGUCCCACAAACCCUAUCCGACUUGGUUUAGCUCUCAACUUAUCAGUCUUCUAUUUUGAAAUGCAGAGUAACCGAGAAAAGGCCUGCACUUUAGCAAAAUUUGCAUUUGAAGAUGCAAUUGCAGAAUUAGAUAACUUGACUGAUGAUACUUACAAAGAUAGUACUCUGAUUAUGCAGCUUCUACGAGAUAACUUAACAUUGUGGACAGGUGAUUCAGAUGGCGGUGAUGGUGAUGGGGUUGAAAACUGA